AUGGGCCCCAAUUAUGCAUUUGAAGAAAGCGAUCCAAAGAAACUUCAAUACACCAUUGAGGACUUUCAAAAGAUCUUCUUUGAGCUCAAGCAUGUUAUCAAGAACAUCUCCUCCAAAGUCCACGAUCUGAAGCGAUUUAUUCUCAGCACGAGUACUCUCCCCAACUGUACAGCAAUGGAGAACAACUCAGCAGAAAAACAACCAGAAAGCAGGAAGAACAUCUUCUCUGCACUGUUCAGAAAUAUUUUUCUGGCAGUAAAAGGUCGUCGACGAGGCAAUGUAGUAUCUGCACUACAGCCUACGUCCGACAUGGAUUCAUAUGAUCCACAGCCAGGCCCAUCCGGCCUCCAGUACAUGGCUGUACAGGAUCAUACUGAUACUCAAUCGGGUCCAUCUAGUGUCAACCCAACAACUUCUGACACAAAUACAGCUCAUCCCGAGGCUGAAGAGAAACAAACAAAAUCUAAGAUGAACAAAAUCAGCGCCUUCUUCAAAAGAAGGUGGCGGGCUGUAAAACGUGCAUCAACAUCGCACAAGAAGAACAACAAAAUGGCUCCACAGCUCGACACCAAUACAGCUGAUUCUCAGCUUGAAAUUUCUGUUUUUGAGCCAUUGACUCUGAGAGAUCCCCUAGAAGAUCUGCAAUCCGGUCUAUCCAACCCAGAGCGAGAUCCAGACGUUCCUGAGAAAACACUUCUAGAGGAAUGUGACCUUCUGCUGAAGGGCCUGCAGAAUCUGAAUGAUCCUCCAGCUCCAUCAGCAUUUCCAGGUCCUGCUCUCAAGCAAAAAUGUAUUGGAAAUCCAACUUGGCUAAGAACUGUCUCCAAUCCAGGACCAUCAACCUUUCCAUUUUCAGAGCUUUAUGAAGUGGAAGAGGAAAUUGGAAAAGGAUUCUUCGGCAGAGUGUGCAAAGGGAUCCGGAAAUCUGAUGGCAAACAGGUCGCCAUCAAGUUUACAGCGAAGCGGGAGACAGACCGGUAUAUCACAAUUCCCGGGGUUUCCAAGCCACUGUUCAUGGAAGUGGCUCUAAACCUGCUGCUAAAUCAACCUCCUCUGAGUCCAUACAUUGUGCACAUGCUGGACUGGUUUGAAGAGCCAGAUCAAUUCAUCCUCAUCCUGGAAUACUCUCAACCUUCCAAAGAGCUCUUCAAGUUUUUCGUUAAAGAAAAGCCUAGUGAAUCUCAGGCACGUAGCUUGAUGUACCAAGCGGUGCUUGGAGCAAAGCACUGUCUAGACAGAGGUGUCUUACACCGUGACAUCAAGCUGGACAACUACGUGAUCAACACUGAGACAAACCAAGUCAAACUAAUCGACUUUGGCUGCGGUGACAUAGUCAAAGAUGACUAUAAUGGUCAAUUUAUAGGAUUUGCCUGCCCACCUGAAUACUUUGUGGAUUUAAAGUAUGAUGCGGAAUCAUUAACCGUCUGGUCUCUGGGCAUAAUGAUGUACGGGAUGGUGUGCAAAUAUCCGGCCACUACAGCUGAAGUCCGCAAUCUGACUUUUGAUGGCAAAGUAUCCGCAGAAUUCCAGGAUUUGAUAAAACGCUGCCUGGCUUAUGAACCAUCUGGGAGAGCAACAAUAGAGGAGGUCCUGCAGCAUGAAUGGUUUCAGCAGGAACAAAUUCCAGGAACAACACCGAAGACAGUUCCAUUUUCUGAGCUUUAUGAAGUGGAAGAGGAAAUUGGAAAAGGAUUCUUCGGCAGAGUGUGCAAAGGGAUCCGGAAAUCUGAUGGCAAACAGGUCGCCAUCAAAUUUAUAAUGAAGAGGGAAACAGAUCGGUAUAUCAUAGUUCCCGGGGUUUCCAAGCCACUGUUUGUGGAAGUGGCUCUAAACCUGCUGCUAAAUCAACCUCCUCUGAGUCCAUACAUCGUGCACAUGCUGGACUGGUUUGAAGAGCCAGAUCAAUUCAUCCUCGUCAUGGAAUACUCUCAACCUUCCAAAGAGCUCUUCAAGUUUUUCGUUAAAGAAAAGCCUAGUGAAUCUCAGGCACGUAGCUUGAUGUACCAAGCGGUGCUUGGAGCAAAGCACUGUCUAGACAGAGGUGUCUUACACCGUGACAUCAAGCUGGACAACUACGUGAUCAACACUGAGACAAACCAAGUCAAACUAAUCGACUUUGGCUGCGGUGACAUAGUCAAAGAUGACUAUAAUGGUCAAUUUAUAGGAUUUGCCUGCCCACCUGAAUUCUUCGUGGAUUUAAAAUAUGAUGCAGAAUUAUUAACCGUCUGGUCUCUGGGCAUAAUGAUGUACGGGAUGGUGUGCAAAUAUCCAGCCACUACAGCUGAAGUGCACAAUCUGCCUUUUCACUCCAAAGUAUCCGCAGAAUUCCAGGAUUUGAUAAAACACUGCCUGGCUUAUGAACCAUCCGAGAGAGCCACAAUAGAGGAGGUCCUGCAACAUGAAUGGUUUCAGCAGGAACAAAAAUCAAGAGUUCCUCUGGAGUCAGAAGAGGAAUAGCCAUCAUUUACAAUCUGUAUAUAGCACAUUGCACUUUACACUUUCAGAAAAACGACUGUAGACUGCCUGUAUAAAGACAUUCCGGAAAGGUGAGUCUAGACAAAGGAAAAUCCAC